AUGGGGGCGGAUGCUCCCGGAUCGACGCAUUCCCCAGCGGACCCGACCGCCACCUGCACGCCGGAGGAGGCCUCCUUGCUGCCUCGACAGGCCUCCGCGGCGCGCGAGAGGACUCCCCUUCCGCCACUCGCUUCCUCGCCUCCACUGCCGAUGUCCCCUCCCAGCCUGGACAUUACCCGGCUGACGGCGGGCAUUGCACGCAAGCUCCGGGAGGAAUUGCUGGAGCAGAUGGUGCGGGAAUUUAAUACCCGCUUCCUGCAAUUGCAGACUGAACUGACGGCCCAUUUGGCCACGUUUGAC